UGACCCACCUAUCUGCCUUGCUCUUAUAUCUUUUAUCGUUUCGGAGUACUCGAUUCUGCACAAACACAGUUGAGAGCAGAAAACAAUGUCGACUCUUCAGAUCCCUGCAUCGGUUCCCUCUCCAUCCCAAGAUAGCGAGCAGCUUAGGAAAGCUUUUGCAGGAUGGGGAACAAAUGAGGGGUUAAUCAUAUCCAUAUUGGCUCAUAGAAAUGCAGCGCAGCGCAAAUUGAUCCAACAAACUUAUGCUGAAACUUUUGGAGUAGAUCUCCUCAAAGAACUGGACAGAGAACUCUCAAGUGAUUUUGAGAGAGUAGUACUGCUGUGGACACUAGAUCCUGCUCACCGUGAUGCCUUUUUAGCUAAUGAAGCUACCAAGAAGUGGACUUCAAGUAAUCAGGUCAUUAUGGAAAUAGCUUGUACAAGGUCCUCGCAUGAACUGUUUUUGGUGAGGCAAGCCUAUCAUGGUCGUUUUAAGAAAUCCCUUGAAGAAGAUGUUGCACAUCACACAAGUGGGGACUUCCGCAAGCUUUUAGUACCUCUUGUGAGCUCAUAUCGUUAUGAGGGACCAGAAGUGAACAUGACACUGGCAAAACAUGAGGCUAAGAUACUCCGUGAGAAGAUCACAGACAAGGCUUACAAUGAUGAAGAGAUUAUCAGGAUUCUGACCACAAGGAGCAAAGCACAACUCAAUGCGACUUUCAACCACUACAAUAACGAAUUUGGCAAUGCUAUCAACAAGGAUCUGAAAACUGAUCCCAAGGAUGACUUCCUUGCACUUCUGAGAACUACCGUGCAGUGCUUGACCCUUCCGGAGAAAUAUUUUGAGAAGGUUCUUAGGCUUGCGAUCAACAAGAUGGGAACAGAUGAGUGGGCUCUCACUAGAGUUGUUGCUACCCGGGCUGAGGUGGACAUGCAACAGAUAAAGGAGGAGUACUACCGCAGGAACAGCGUUCCUCUCGAUAGGGCCAUAAGCAAUGACACCUCUGGGGACUAUGAAUCAAUGCUUCUUGCCUUGAUAGGGCAUGGAAAGUCUUAAGCGUAUUCAAGGACGAUACUUCUCCAUAUUAGUGCAGAAUAUAUCUUUAGAAGCUUCUGUCCCAUAAUUUGCUAUGCCCUGGUUGUUUGUUAAGACCCUCUUUGUUGCAUGGACGGUUUGGAAUAAAGGAAUGCAGUUUUAA